CAUAAGCAUUCAAGAGUUGCUUACGUUCGGUUCGUUCGCAUUUCUUCUCUAUCUUAUAUAAUAUUAUAUUUUCUCCUAAAUCAAUUUUUUCACUCUACCAACAACAAUAAUAAUUACAACAACAACUCGACUCAACUUUUCACAACAACCAACAAAUAACAACAACAACUCGUGUCAACUAAUCUAAACUUUUACAACUUUUAACGUCUAUACUUUCUCUGUUUUAUAAAAACUAUGAACUACAAUUACAACUAAAACCUAUAAACAAAUAUCAAAAUUUAGUUUUGUUCGGCAACAACAAUAAUAUUUUGCUUCGAAAAUUGUUUAACAAAACAUAAAUAAAUCAACAAGCAAUAACAGCAACAACAACAACUUACUGAAAAGCCAAAGGAUAUCUGUAUAUUAUAUAUGGAGCAAUACAAUUACCCAUGUAAACCCCUAGCAGUUGACCGAACCGUUAUGUUUUAAGACCCCCUCUCCCUCGUUGUGUAAAAAAAAAAAAAAAAACGUAAACGUAAACGUAAACGCAAAUGUAAAAAUCGAUAAACCACACGCAGCCAACGCAAACGCAAAGCCCCAAAAAAAGAAGAAAUAACACACACAAAAACCCGAAAACUUGACCAAAAAAGAAAAAGUUGAGAACUAUAAACUCUCUGCCGUUCGGAGAGCUUCAAAUAAAAGCGCAGAAAUGUGUAAAGUGGCUGUGAAAUUCGAAGUAUCCUAACCAAAAACCAGAAACCGAAUCGAAGACCCCAAACUGAACCGCAAACCAAUUUAUCAACAACAUUUAUGUAUAUAUGGACCUACAUAUGUGAAACAAUAAAAAGCAAUAUAAAAUAUUGAAAUAUGAUUUAAUAAAGGAGACCCAAAGAGAUAGAGAGAGAGAGAGAAGGAAAGGGAGGCGCAACUAUGCGAAACUCUAUUUAAGACAGCUGUAAACUGUAAAAACAAACUCUAUUCAUUUCGGCGAGCCAAUCUAUAUAAAUAUAUAUAUUUUUCACAUGCGAAAUAGGAACAGCAACAAUUUUCCUUUCCGCUUUUGCCACCAAAACCAAAUACCCACUACGAAGGUCUUUGCUCGUACGAAACAAAACACUCGCUUCAGCACUUAACACUAAACUUGCCUCUAAAUCUAAAAGGAAAAACACCAAAAGCAACGCUCAAUCACUCAAUCAACUCAACUCAACUCGACUCAAUCAAUCAACUCAACUCAACUCAACUAAAUUUUACUCAAAAUGCCGCGCUGCCUAAUUGCCAAGAAAUGGAAGGCAUAUCCUUGGCUGGAUCGCAACAGCGAGGAUAAUGCCAACAACACACCAACAGCAACAACUCCACGGGAGGAGCAACUAUCCCCAUUGCCCAAUCUGAAGUCGCGUCGCUCCACCAUGGACGAUGACGAAGAGAUCGAUGUUGUGGGCGACAAGCUAUUGACCAAAUCCGACAAGCAACGCACAACAGCAACAGCAACCGCCACAGCAGCAACAGAAGCAACAAACAACAGCAACAACAGCACAACAGCAACAGCCACAUCAACAACUACUGCAACAACUACGGCCAAGUGCUGGGGCCCCAGCUCCCCAACGGCGGGCACCACAGCUCCAAGUCCGCCGCCCCAUUCGCCGGAGGCAGCGACACGUGGCGCAACCAAUGUCUACAACGGCUACACACGUGAGCUGUCGCCGCUGCAUUACACCGCGUACCUGCCUCGCAUGGAGAGCGAAAUAACGGUCAUACGGGCAGCAGCGACAGCGCUUGUGGCAGCAGCAGCCAACAGCAGCAGCAACCACUCAGGUGAGCAACAACAACAGCAGCAGCAGCAACAACAACAUUUGGCUGCCUAUCAAACGCCGCCAUCGUCAACCACAUCGUCGCCUUCGUGCUCGCCAAAUGGCGAUAGAUUUAGUCCGGGCAUGUUGCACAUUAAGAUGGAAUCUGGCCAGACGAGCAGCGAGCGCAAGUGCUUCAGCAGCACAGGUGCCACACUGUCGCUGCCGCCAAAGAAGAAGGACAUCUACAGGCCCUACUCGCUGGACGACAAGCCCACGCAUGGCUAUCGCCGGCGUGUGCCGGCCGAGGAGGAUUUGCAUGCAGCUCACGCCAUACUCGAUCUGAGUGCCUCGACAGCCUUUCAUCCGCCCACGCAGCCACAUCAGCUGCAGCAGCAGCAGCAGCAGCAGCCGCAGCAGCACCAGCAACAGCAGCAACAUGAGCCACAGCAGCUGCAACUGCAGCACGAGCCACAGCAGCAACUGUUGCCGCUGGCACUGCCGCUGCAGCAGCAACACUUGCGCACCACAUCAACAAUUGCCGAGCUCGCUGCCGCAGCCAGCGUGGUGAAUGAGCAGCGACCCUUGAGCAAUGCUUCCAGUGCCAGCAGCAGCAUACACAGCAGCACCAGCAGCAAUCACAGCAGCAGCAGCAAUGUGCAGAACGAGAACAGCAACACAACCAAUCAGCUGCACAGCGGCCAUGGCCUGGGCCUGGGCUUGGGAUUGGGAUUGGGACUGGACUGCCAUGCCGAGCCAGACACAGACGCCGAUGGCGAUGCGACCGGUCAGGCAGCGAAAACCGUUGCCUACACCUACGAGGCCUUCUUUGUGAGCGACGGACGGUCGAAGCGCAAGCAUGUGGCCGAUCCAGCCGCCGUCGUUGUCCAGGAUCAGCAGAAAACCAAGUACACCUGCUCCGAGUGUGGCAAGCAGUACGCCACCUCCAGCAAUCUGUCGCGCCACAAGCAGACGCAUCGCUCCCUCGACUCGCAGUCAGCUAAAAAGUGCCACACCUGCGGCAAGGCCUACGUCUCGAUGCCCGCCCUGGCCAUGCACGUGCUCACGCACAAGCUCUCCCACAGCUGCGGCGUUUGCGGCAAACUCUUCUCACGGCCGUGGCUGCUGCAGGGCCACCUGCGCUCCCACACGGGUGAGAAGCCCUACGGUUGUGCGCAUUGCGGCAAAGCCUUUGCCGAUCGCUCCAAUCUGCGAGCUCACAUGCAGACGCAUUCGGUGGACAAGAAUUUCGAGUGCAAGCGCUGCCAUAAGACAUUCGCAUUGAAAUCGUACCUAAACAAGCAUCUGGAAUCGGCCUGCCUCAAGGACGAGGAGGAGCUCAUGAUGGCCAUGUCGUUGCAUGGCCACACCGAUAGCAACAGCGAGAGUGGCGCCAGCUUGGCCUCGCCUCCGCACGAGUUCCUCGAACGGGUCAAGGUGGAGGCACCUGUCGGAGUGGCAGGUGUUGGCAUCACCUAUGCCAUCUAAAUGUUGAGUAAGUGUGCCAUUGCCAAAAAACAGAACAAACAAAAACAAAAGAACACAAAAACAACAAAACCAAAACAAAAACAAACAAACAAAAAACAAAGUAAAAGCAAUGCCCUUGUUAAUUGAUCGUUAAUGUUGAAAGUCAGUUAUCGAUAGCAGUUUUUAUAUAUACAACUAUAUAUAUAUAUAUAAAGAAUACGAUCACAAUACGUCCAAAAGCAAGUGUAGUAGAGUAACACAGAGACUGUAGAAAUUCGCAUUAGAAAACCAUUAAAAAAAAAAAAAAAAAAAAAAAAAAAAAUAAUGAAAGAAAAAGGAUAACUAAAUACACUUAGCGUAAACCUAAUCUCGUUCUUCUUUUAGUCUUAAGCGAGUUGAACAAAAAAACAAAAACAAACAUUCCUAGAACCCAAAAAAAAAAAAAAAAAAAAAAAAAAUGAAUUAUAAUAGAAAACUUAAGAAGAAGAAGCUGAACUUCUGAUACCCAUACACACACAGAAAGCCUUUUGCAGUAAUUGCAAAAACUUAAAACCUGAGAACUUGAGCAAUUCUAUAUCUAUAUAUACAUACAUACAUGCAUAUAUACAUAUGUAUAUGUAUAUGUAUAUAUAUGUAUCUCUCUCUAUAACUAUCUAAACAAAAAUAUAUAUAAACACACACACACAUACAUAUAUACAAAUGGUGUACUAUAACCUGUAGCUAUCAAAAAACUUGUAGUCUUUAGCUCUACUCCCUAAACUCUAAACUCUAAAAUCUAAAACUCUAAACUCUAAAACUCUAUAUCCUAACCAAAAAUACCAAGAAAAUUCUCUUUAAUCUUUAAUCGAAGACGAAGUGAUUAAAACAAAUUUAAUGCAACGAAUACGAAAAGCAAAUGCAAUGUUUCUCAAACAACGAAUUAGAUCCUAAGGGCAGUCUAUCUAUAAGCAGUAUAUAGUAGCGCCAGAGAGUAGACGAUAAACAAAAACAAAAUGAAAAAAUACUUAAACUGAACCUAAAACAAAAUUCAGCUCCACAUUUUUCACAUCAUUUUAUAUAACUAAGUCACAUAGCAACAUUUAAGCACGUAAAGGAAGCAUUUUAAUUCAAAAACAAGUUUAAUCAAAAUGAGAACGCAAAGCAAUAUUACGAUAUACGAUAUAUCGUAUAUUAUAAAACAUCAGCAUAUUAUUGGCACAUAAGAAAAUUUCGGAUUUUGUUUGAGUUUUCUUAUGAUUUUAAAGGCUAGAGUUACAUGGGAAAAUAGAAGAAGAAGAAUCAGAGGGGUUAACUGAAAAAAAAAUACAAUGAGAUUUGGGCAACUAAUUUGCGUUUAGCCACAUAGUCAAUUAGCAUUCCAGGCAAUUCAAAACCAAAUAAUAAUAAUUAUAUAUGUAUAUAUUUAUAAAGGGAAUAUAAAAAGAUAGAACAAAAAAUUUCUAGUCGCUGUCUAACAGCAAAUUUUUUCUAAUUUUUUACGAAGGCAAAGUUUCAAUACAUUUCCGCUUAAAUACCAGUUUUUAGUUUUAGAGCAUUGCAUUCUGUUGUGGUCCAAUUAACAGUACACUGAAUUCGCCAAAAGAGAAAUAUGAUAUGAUCAUAAAGGGAGUUUUAUCAUCAAUGACAGAAAAUAAAAGAAAAGUUGAAGAUUUCGUACAGCUCGAAUCUAAAAACUUCUUCUGACCGUUCCAUAAAAUCCUGUCGGUAUCAUACACCACCUCUAAAGGGCGCCCUAAGAAAUUUCCAGUGUUUCUAUUAGUGACCAAAACAAGAAACGAUAAGACCAAACAUGAUUUGCUGUAGCCUAUAUAUACCCAUAUAGUUACUCAAAUCCGUAUUCGAUCGCCCCUCACAGAACGAGAGAAAACAAAAACAAGAACAACAAAAAGCCAGAUGAAGAAAAUCUAUAUGAAUAUCGAGUGUGAUCUAGUCUCAAGCAUUUAACAGUACACUUCGUCCAUGCGUAAAGAAAAACAACAAACAAUGAAAGAAACAAAGAAAAUACUUUUGCACUCUUCGAAAUACAACUUACCUAGUACGAUAUUACUUACAUCUAUAUUUAUAUUAUGUAGCUCAUAUGUUCAUUUAUACGCAAUUACACCCCAGCACAAAAGCAAAAAUAUGUAAAUAGUAUUUAAACCUAAUCUACCAUAUAGACAUCUAUAAUAUAUCACUCAACUGAAAUCAGCUUCAGCGACCGAUCUCAAAAAACAACAACAACAAAAGUGCAACGAACUUUGUCGUAGAGUACUUAGUCUAAAGAGUAGCAAAAAGUUUUGAUCGAAACUCAGUCAAAAACCAAAUGAAAACCAAAACAAAAACGAAACCCAGUUGUUGGUAUGUCUAAGUGAGCGAAAAGGAAUCUAUAUAUACAUACAUAUAUAUAGUUAUAUACAAACAUUAGAACAUACGUAUGUAGUUGCGUAAUAUUUACAAUUAUAUAUACACAUGCAUAAAAUAUAUACAUAAAUAUUUUAGACCUAGUAUACAUGUACGCCUAAGUUAACCUAGUAAGUAUAAUCAUCACAAAAUUAUUUUUAUACUGUUAACAACGUAGGCGCUAAGAAGAGUUUCCCCAUGUCCCCAUGCGGAACACUUUUAUGCAAUAAUCGAUAACGAUGACGAUAUCGAUAUCGAAAUCGGCUAAAGUACCAAAGCAAUACUCAACAACAACAAAAUCAAAGAAAAACAAAAAAGGCGAACAACAAAUAUUCAAUGAUAACUAAAAGGCAAAAUGCAAAAUGCAUCAAAGUUAAACAAACAGCGAGAUGCUACUUAAUAGCCAUAGUUAUCAAGAAUUACACUGGCCAACACAAAACUUGUUGAAGUGCAGUAACCAAGAAGCAAGAGCAUGAAAUGGGAUCUUGCAGAUUUUUACUUUUAAAUAUGAAAACAACAAACUAUAAGAUUUAUAAUAUUCCUGCUUAAAUAUAUGCAACGAAAAAAAUACAAUUUUUAUUAAAUAUAUAUUUAUUGUUUCUGAGACUUCUACAUUCCAUCCAAGAUUCCUAUUCAGCGCUUUGAAAAAGCAUAGUCAAAUAUUUUUUAUGGUUACUGAAAACCUUGCUGGCCAGUGUUGAUUUUAUUUGAAUAUUUGGUAUUUGUUUUAAUUAUUGAUUUUUUUGUUUUUAAUUUUAUUUGUACGCUUAAAGUUAAAUUAAGAUUUACAAAAGGCGAAACAUGUUUAAUUAAAGCCCGGCAAUAAUAUUACAAUUUUGUAUAACAAUGUAAACAGCAACAAAAAUG